UUCAGAAGAGCAGGAGAAACGAAGUCGUUCGACAAUUUACGUACAAAACAAUUUUUCUAAUUUGUGUAUAUGCGUAGGACACGUUAUUCUAACAAGGCAAAUUAUUGUCGGUUUUUCUUCAUUUAAACAACAUUUUAAGACAAAAACGUCCGCUUGAAUUUCAAUAACAAUUGUGGAUUUGAAUUUUGUUAGUUUAUUUACUGUACUAGUUAAAAAUUUUUGUUAAAAUUAUGGCUGCACUACGCUCAAAAGAUGUUUUAACCGUUGUAAAUAAUGGAUCGGAAAAAAUAUAGAAAUGCUACAAAAUACAACAAGGUUCCACAAGAAAUACCAAAAAUAGUUUUGGCCGCCCCAUCUACAGAAAACCUUAGUUUACUAGAUUCAGAAAUGGAUUCGAAAAGUAGAAAUGACAAUAAUUCAAGCCCAGAUAAGACUGAUGACGUGAUACAAAGAGACACAGUUAGACCUCCAAUGAGACGCAAAAAUAGUAUAUCGAUGCCAAAUUUGGAUGAUUUAAAGGUUUUUAUCGAACAGGAGGGCGACGGUUAUGACACUAGUACUGAAAAAAUUAAUACUACGAUUCAAGAGGAACCUGAGGAUCCAGAAUUCCAAAAUAUCUCUAGCUACCCACGUAGUGUAAGGAGGAAAUCGGUACUUAGUCCCAGAAUGUUAAAACCGCCAGAAGAUACAGAGCUGGGAGGUUCCCCAUCUAAUUCGAUCACUUCUGUUAAUUCUAUAGCCAGUUUACUUAAGGAAAAAAUUCAGAACUUGCCACAGACAUUUAGGAAAAAGAAGUCGCCAGAAUAUAAAACUAAAGUAUUUGUAGGUUUUCUGUUCACCACAAUUAUAGUCCUCAUAGUCACAGCAUAUUUCUUAUACCAACAAAAAGUAUUAGCUAAAGUAUAUUUUGGAAAUAUGAAACUAAAUAAAGCAAAACGAACUGUGAAAAUAUUUAAUGAUGAAGGAGAAGAUGUCGUUAAACUGCAUUUGGGCACAACGCUUAAUUACGACAAUGUGUUAAAUUGUUUACCAGCAGAUAACAGAGAUGACGGAAGCCUUUGUUUGGAAUGGAUGCAUAGAGCGAGACUAUAUAUGAAUUUCUUCGAUCUUGGUUCAGACGUGAAGUGUUACAACGUGCAAUGGAUCGCUCUAUCAGAAUCCCUAGCGCCAACGGAUUGUUUCGACAUGUCACACUCGCACUGGUACGGUGGUGGACAAACGGCAGAAAACGCAUGGCCUUUGGAAAAAGGCAGCCAUUUCUAUCAACCAUUCAUUACUGGAAAUAUAGAAACACACGAAUGGGGAAAUGUUCUCAAGAGAUAUUUUAUUAAUUCGAAAGGGGCAGCUAUAGUGGUCGAUAACGAAACACCUUUAUAUAUCUCAAUUCGAGAUUCACCAAAGAAGGAAUUUUGUCUCAGGGCUCAAUACGAUAAUUUCGCUUUUGUUAAUAAAUUUACAAGCACUGCCCAGUUAAACUACAGUAUAUGUACCAGUGCCAACAUGUCUCAAUUACACGUUUUUCUUAGUGAACACACCCUUUGGGAUGGUUUAAAGAAAGAAGAUAGCAACAUUAUUGAUUACUUUCUAACAGAGCCAGUUUGGGAAAUGCCCGAUAUGAAAGAAGCAUUAACUCAAGAUGUUAUAGAUAAUGUAACUACAAAGAUUACGAACUCUGUGGCCGUACUAAAGCAGGGUCAUAUUCUCAUCAACGAAUUUUGGCAAGAACAAAUCGGAGACUUCGAAUUGGACCAAUCAAGAUUUCCAGAUUUCGAUAAACUAAUAGAAAAACUUAAAAGAAGAGGUUUCAGAGUAGUAUUCACCAUACAGCCAUUUAUAUCGACAGAAAGCUUCAAUUUUGCAGAAGUGGUAAGGAAGAAAUUAUUAGUAUCCGAAAGAUUCAGUGAUAAAAGAAUACCAGCUCUAACCAGAUACAAAAGCCUUCAAAGCGCUGGAGUUUUGGAUAUAACGAAUGUCCAAACAAUCUCGUGGUUACUGCACAAAUUAAAGAAAGUUAUGAACACGUAUAAAAUAGACUCAUUCUACUUAGAUAUAGGAGUUGCGUAUAAUAUGCCGCACUAUUACCAAUGUGAAAAGGCUCUACUCAACCCAGAUGAAUACAAAACAAUAUUUACAAACAAUCUUCAAGGAGAAGUACCCCUUUUUGGAGUUAACAGUGCUAUUGAAAGACCAAGAUCUCCUAGUUUUGUAGUACUACCAGAGUUUGAAUUUUCCUGGGAUGGGUUACGAAAAAUAAUACCCACAAUUCUCACGUACGGUAUUCUAGGGUACCCAUUUUUGAUUCCUGGCGCUGUUGGUGGUGACUAUGCUGUGCCUGAAACAAUGUUGGUUACAAAUGGAACGGAAAACGUUUUAGCAGAUCCAGAGCUUUAUAUAAGAUGGUUGCAGCUAGCUACAUUUCUUCCUGUAGUAAGAUACCGGCAUUUGCCAAAUAGUUAUUCACAAAAUAACAUAGCAGGUUUAGCAAAGGAAUUAGCUAAGAAACGACAUGAAAGUAUUACACCAAAAUUAAAGAAAUUUGCAAGGGUGUCAUUAAAUUUGGGUUUGCCAAUUAUUCGUCCGUUAUGGAUGUUGGACUCAGACGAUCCCGCGUGUCAUUUGGCUGUUGACGAAUUUUCCAUCGGCGAUGAAAUAAUUGUAGCUCCUGUUUUACAUAGUGGUGCUAGAGAGAGGGAAAUAUAUCUACCUGCCGGUGUUUGGAAAGAUGGAAUAGACGGAAGUUUAAGAAAGGGCAGCCGAUGGAUUCAUGACUACAGGGUAGAAGAAGAUAACGUCGCCUACUUUGAACGAAUGCCUGAUGAUACUCGUUUUUGAUCAACAUGUCAACCAUUUUCGGAUACGGUUCGACCAAACUACAUUUGUAAAGUUCGACUAAACAAAAAAAAAUAAAAUAAAACAAAAUCAAUGGGAAAAUACCCAGUACCGAUAUUUAAAAAAAAACAACCAGCAGUAAAUUCGUCGUAUCGUUAAAAAUUCUCAAUAAAAUAUACAAUUCUUUACUCCAGCGAUCGCAAAUAUAAUGUGUAAUAGAACGGUAAUACAGUAUUUCUCAUGAUCAUCUUUCAGUGCGUCACAGUUUUUCGAUUUCUUUCUAACGCAUUAAAUUGUAUGUGACAGAAAAAAGGCACGUUGGUGAUUACAUUUCGUCGUUGACAUUUUUAUAACAUUUAUUCUAGUUAUUCUAGUUGUCGAUAGAUGGAGCCAUAAUAAAAAAAUAUUUUUUUUAAUUAGAUAAUAGCAUUGUUUAUCUACACACUGGUCUAGUUAUACAAUGAUAAUAGUAUUACAAAUAUAAUCUGUAUAAUUUAUAAGACUAUACAAAUCAAAGAAAAUACCAUUUUAUAAAUGCAAGAAACACUUUUGAUUUGUUUUUAUUCCAAAUUGAAAAUAAAAUGUGACAACUGUCAGAUUUAACUAAAAUGUCAUGUUAGAAUAAAUGUAAUAAAUGUGUAUUAUCACGGACUUACCCUUUUUCCUAUCAUUUGUUACGCACUGAAAAAUGAUCAUGAGAAAUACUGUAGUUAUGUUUAGAUUUUUAUUAAGAUUAACAAACAAUACACUAUCUUCUUAUUUAAAAAUACAUAUAUUUAAUAUUAUGACAUGAACGAUAUAAGACUUAAGACUCUUAAAAAAUGUUAAUGCUAAGAUAUGAUUAAGUAAAUAUUCCAAAAAUAAUAAUUUUUCGGCUAGUAAUUAAAACUUAACAUAUUAAUAAUUGUAGUAAGACAUCACAGGUCGUUAUGAACCAAAGAAUUUUUCAAAAAAACUGCUAUGGAAUUCAAUUGGCCCUUUCGGUCAAAAACCUUUCUGACUAUUGCAUCGUCCUGUCGCCUGAUUAGGUACAUGUCCUAUCCAUCUAAGGCGUGCUACCUUAAUGAAUUUUACAACGUCAGAUUCCUCGAACUUCUAUACAACUCAAAGUUGCGAAUCUUGCUCUUUUAUUCCUCCAUAUCUUAGGAUUUUUCGCUUGACACGUUUACGCAGUGAACAGUUCUUGUUCCUUCUGUGUAAAUGACCACGCUUCUGCUCCAUAUGUUAGCACUGGUCUUAUUAGUGUUCUAUAGAUGGUCUGUUUUAUCUUUAGUCAACAGCUAGCCUAGGUAUAUGAAGGUCUCCACACCUUCCAGAUCUAAAUCGUCAAAUAUUAUUCUAACAAUAAAACACUGAAAACGUUUGUUUUCUAUACUUCCACACUUAUUACAACUAUGUGACUACAACUGUUUAAGUGAUUUAGUUUACCAUGGGUUUGCCUUUUUAAAGUCUUUAACUGCAGAGCUUGAGGAGUGGGGAGCUGUUUGUCUCGAGUUGGUCAUUCAGAAUUAUAUCUAUAUUUUUUAAUUUAUUAAUUUCCAUAGAUUCUGAUAAAUAUAGCUUAAAGCCUUUAUUUUGAAUAUGCAGAAUUUGAAACUCUUCAUUAAAAGAAUGGUUAUGAUCUAGAAGGUGAAGUGCGUAUUGUAGAAGUAUCUGGUUUUUCUAUUGUUGAAAGCCCUUUUGUGUUCUGCUAUCCGUUUGUCAAACGUUCUGCCAGUUUGACCGAUGUAAGUUUUCGGACAGUCGCCACAAGUUUGUAGACACCACUCUGUAGUUGUUUUCUCUGUCGGCUCUUAUUGCUCUUAAUAUAUUUGCUUAAGUUGUUGUUAGUUCUGAAAGCUGGUGUUAUUCCUUUCUUUUUUAUGUAUCUGGCUAUUUUUGUUGUUAUCUUGCCAGUAUAUGUGAUAAAGCAGAAGGUGCUGGGUUCUUUCUGUGGUGGUGGAUAGACUAAUUUCAGGGCUUUCUUAUGGAGUUUUUGGUUUAAAAUUUUAUUAAUUGUUUGUUAGUUAUAGAUAUUGUUUACUGCUAUUUCUUUAAUGACACCAGCUUUCAGAACUAACAACAACUUAAGCAAAUAUAUUAAGAACAAUAAGAGCCGAAAGAGAAAGUAAAUACAGAGUGGUGUCUACAAACUAACUUGUGGUGACUGUCCGAAAUAUCGGUCAAACUGUCAGAACGUUUGACAAACGGAUACCAGAACACAAUAUGGCUUUCAACAAUAAAAAAACAGACACUUCUACAUACGCACUUCACCUUCUAGAUUCUAGAUCAUAAUCAUAAUCAUUCUUUUAAUAAAGAGUUUCAAAUUUUGCAUAUUUAAAAUAAAGGCCUUAAGCUAUCUUUAUUAGAAUCUAUGGAAAUUAUUCAAUUAAAAAAUACAGAUAUAAUUCUGAAUUACCAACUCGAGAAAAACAGCUCCUCACUCCUCAACCUCUUCAGUUGGACUGAAAGACUUUAAAAAGGCAAACCCAUAGUAAACUAAAUCACUUGUGAAAGGCACUCUGCCGAAACAGCUAUAGUCACAUAGUUAUAAUAAAUUUUGUGAAAGUAUAGAAAACAAACGUUUUCAGUGUUUUAUUGUUAGAUAAAAUGAACUUCCAUCAAGUAACGGUCGAAUCCAGCAAAUAUUAUUCUUCUAGCUGUCUGGUUCCUUGACCUAGUAGGUAUAACACAUUUUGGUCUUUUGGUCAUUUAUAGUUAGUGCCAUUCUCUGUGUAGAUGCCCUUAAUGGCCGGAAUGCAUCGGUCAGAAGCUCUGUGGACCUAACUAUGAUGUCGAUGUCAUCUGGAUAUCCAACAACUUACAAUGUACAGAUUUGUUAAAGACAGUGCCAUUACCUCUCGAAUUCCAUUUUCUAGAACAAACUUAAAUAAAAGACGCGAGAGCUCUUUACCCUGUCUGAGUCCAAUUUUGCAAUGGAAGGGUUUUGGAAGAUUGUUCUGGAUUCUGACCAUACUCGCUGCUCCUGUGAGUGUAAGUUGAGUUAGUUGAAUAAGAUGAAGCGGUAUUUGGAAUUCUACUAUAGCCAGGAGAAGUUAAUAUCUAUUAACUUAUUAACCGAGUCGUAUGCCACUUUGAACUCUACGGAUACGUGGUGGGUGUCGACGCCGAACGCUAGGGUUUUUUUUAAGGAUCUGCCUCACCGUAAAGAUUGGGUCCGUUGUUGAUUUUAGGCCGAAAGUCACACUGAUAUCCUCCCACUAUACCAAAAUGUAUAUAAUAAACUACUAAAAAUAUUUAAUAAAACAAUUUAUUUUUGGAACAGACAUAGUGGGAAACUAUGUAAUGUAAAGUUAAUUAAUACGUUUAUAACGAUAAUUUCCACCUCCACUAGUUUCAUCUCUUUUUGUUACGCAAUGUGUUAUGUUUUCUUUGAGCUAUUUUGCCGGUUAUUAGCGUGCUCAUAACUGUAUAACUAACUGACUUUUACAUCCGUUCCAAUAACUUGCUGUCGUUUAGAUACCCUUCUUCUUCUUCAUGUACCAUCUCCUCUAAGAAGGUUGGCAACCAUCACGGCAAUUCGCACUUUCGAUACCGCUGCUCUAAAGAGAUCAGCAGAAGUGCAAUUAAACCAAGCUCUCAAAUUGUUUAACCAGGAGAUGCGUCUUCUUCCGCGACUCCUUCUACCCUGUAUUCUUCCUUGCAUUAUCAAUUGUAACAAGUUAUAACGCUCGCCCCUCAUAACAUGUCCCAGAUAUUGUA